UCAUGCCAACAUUUCAGUCCCCCCACUCUUCCAUUUGGAACAAUGCGACCCAUCACUCUUCCGCUCACAAACAGCGGGUCGUUGAAGAGCAAAUGGAAAACUUCAUUCUGUACGAGGAGCUUGGGGCAGGCCGCAACUCAGUUGUCUAUAAAGGAAGAAGGAAGGGCAAUCUCAACUAUGUUGCCAUCAAAUGCACUGACAAGACCAAGAGACCUGAGAUUACUAACCAUGUACGCCUCACCCAGGAUCUGGAUCAUCCAAAUAUAGCAAACUUCUACGAGUGGUAUGAGACAAGUAACCACCUGUGGUUGGUGGUGGAGCUUUGUACAGGGGGUUCCCUGGAGUCUGUAAUUGCCCUUGAUGGAAGCCUGUCACAAGAUGGGGUACGAAGGUUUGGAUGGCACUUAGUCAAAGGACUGAAACAUAUCCAUGAGUUAGGAAUCAUUUUCUCUGACCUGACUCCUGCUAAGAUCCUACUUGAUGGCAGCGGCAUUCUGAAGUUUGGUAACUUCUGUCUGUCUAAGGCAGAGGGAGAGACUCUGCAGGAUUUCCUUACCUUGUUCUCUGCAUCUGAGGAGAUAGAGGAAGGAGACAGCAAUCAGAACACGGACAACUUAAAGAAAAGAUUACAAGGUUCUACAGCUUACAGUGCUCCAGAGGUUUUGGAAGGAUCAGAAACUAAUAUGAAUUGUGAUCUCUGGUCUCUUGGUUGUAUAUUAUACUACAUGUACACCGGUAAACCCCCCUUCUGCUCUGACAACUACACUGAAUUGAGAGAGAUGAUCUUGAAUGAGGAACCACCACCUCCCAGGCAGACAGUGGUUUCUGCAGGUCCUCCCUGCCAGGAUUUCCAGAGUCUUCUGAAAGGGUUGCUCAACAAAAACCCUGAGAGGAGGAUGAACUGGCCACAGCUGCUUGCUCACCCUUUCUGGAGACAAAUAAUAAAGGAGGAAGAGGAUGCAGAAGAAGGUGAAGAGAAGAAUGAAGAAAAUGAAGAGGAAGAAAGUGUCUGCAAGGAGGUUGUUUCUUGUAGUUUGAGGCCAUGUGACAGAAGGACUGACAGCCAAAAUUCUGUCAAACACACAUCCUCUGGAGCCCUGAGCCAAAGCCUGACCCUGAAUAGUGAAGUGUUAAGGGAGAGAAGAAGAGAAGGAGAACCUGAAGACGAUCCUAAGUUAACUGGGAGUCAGCAGAUGUGCCGCACACUGCAGUCCAAUAAGUCAUUCACACUAGAUAAUGUUUCAGACCUGAAGCCAAAGAGUGGUUUGGAUGAGGACAGCACUGAGGCCAUUUUUUUGCUCAGCUCCCGUGCCAACUCAGUCAGAAACUGCAGUUCAUCUGACUGUCCAAAUCAGAACAUUGCACCUCAGGUUACUCUCACUACCAGUAACUGUACUGACACUACAUGCUGUGUGAAGGAUCUUCUCCACACUGAAUUUGAUCUCACUGUCACCCCAGUCAUUGACAACCCCAAGAUUUUGAAGAACACUCCUGUGCGAUAUGAUCCUAAAACCCUAUGUGUACCUGCAUAUUCGGGUGAGAAGCUACAGUCUCUGAGUGAUGAAGAGUGGACUGUCUUUCUAUCACAGCUUUGUUCAUCCAUUGAAGAACAGAGCCACUCCACUUCCACAGCCACUCGAUCCAAACUCAACCUCCUGUGCUACCUCUGCUGUGUGGUUGGACAUACAGUUAUCGCUAACAGGCUGAUUAACUCACGACUGCUUCUAGUUUUGGUCCACCUGUUGAGACAAGCUCCUAACUGGGACAUACGGAGCAAGGUUCUCAGAGUGAUGGGACUACUGGCUCUGCACUGUCGUGACCUUGGAGUGGACAGUCCUGUUUCUGAGGCUGUGUCCACACUAACAGACCUCCUGAGGGAUAAUCUGAGGAACAGUAAAAUAAAACGGCUCCUGUUGCCACCACUCGCGGAGUUCCUCUACCUCAUCUCCUCUCAGGAGAAGAAGAGAGGCUCCCCAGAGGGACUGUGGUUCGUUCCCGCUGCCGCCUACACUGGCUUAAUGAGGAGCCUGCGGGAAGGGGAUGACACUGCAGUUCAUCAUAUGGCAGCAAAAGCAAUAGAGAACAUAUCAACAGUGCUGUCUGGUCCCUCCCAUCACCUGGUCACCACAGAGAUAGGCUCCGCCCUGUGGUACCUGUUCACUCACUCCACUGUGGACGCUGUCAGAGUCACUGCUAUUUCUUCUCUUUCUAGGCUAACCCGGGUGGUCCCAGCAAUCUUCCUAUCAGUAAUUGACACCUGUGGUCCAGUAGCCAUCUUGGAGGGCCUAGUGGGUACAGGAGCCCGGGUCCAGCAGCACCUGCUCACUGCUGUGGCCGCUGCCUUGCUCACCUCAUGCACUCAAACACACCGUGUCACACAAAACAGGGAUUUGGUGCUGAAAGUGCUGCGUUGUCUGGAGAGUCCAUCUACGAUAACAAGAGCCAAAGCAUUACUACUGCUUCUUCUGCUCAUACAAGACAACACACACACACUGCUUUACUGCUGUCAAAACAGACUUGUGAUAUACCUGGAGAGAGACCUCCGCAAAGCCACUCCUCUCAGAGAGAAUCCCAGCCAAUCAGGAUACUUGUCUCAGUGUCUCGAUUUACUGAUUGCAUAUCUGAGCAGCACCACACCAGUGAUUAUGGAGGAUGUCCUGUGUGCCCUCAGAGGUGUGAUUGGGAGAAGACACCCAACUACUGCUCAGAGUAAACAACUCAAACAAACUUUGCCUACUUUGUCCAUAGUGCUGGACCUUGUUUCAUCUCAGGUCUUUAGAUCUCACAUUGUAACAGGACAGUUUCUGGCUCAAAUUGGAUUGCUGUUGAACUUCAUUGCCUCAGUAGAGUCCAAUGAAACAAAUCUGGCUAGUGCUAUGGGUACAGCAAUAUGUGAAGAUUUAAUUAGAACAUCUCUGUCCAUUGUGGAAGUACUGAGCCAGCACCAUGCACUAAUCAGUCCACAUCAUAGUGAUGUCGUGGAUGCCAUCCUGCCUCCUCUGACAACAAUGGCUUUCAGCAAAAAUGUGGAGUGGUCUGUGUUUGUUUUGAGGGUGUUGUCUGAACUCAGUCUAAUCCUGCUGGUCCAAGAUGGUGUUGAUACUGAGUUAAAAGAGGAAAGGACAGAGGAAAAUAAAGAGAGAAGUGAGAAGGAAGGAAAGGCGGCAGAGGAAAGAGGGGAUGGACUCUCGUGUAUCACUGAAUCUCUCCUUUCAAGGUACGAGACUCUUCUACGAGCACCAGAGCCUAUACCCCUCCAUGCACUCAAACUGUUGGUAUCAAUGACUGAACACAACGGUCAGGCCUGCAGGUUGAUCAAACGUAGUAGGAUCCUACCAAUGGUCUUUCAGCUCAUUAUGGCCAAUAGAAGUAACGUUACCAAUGGGAUAGUCCAAAACGCAGUUGUUUUGCUCUGCAAUCUUAGUGAGGGCACAAUCCAGGAACAGCAACCACUGUAUCAACAAGGGCUUAUUGAGGUGGUGGUUUGUACCCUCUCAGAAGCUGCACUUGCUCAUCUAGAUAGAGAAGAGCAUGCUGGAAGGAAGGUCGGCCACCUUGUGCUACAAGCUCUGUUGGAACUGCUUCACAACGUCCUUAAGCAAACAUCAGUUGUUGUCCGCUCUGCCCUGCAGAGCCAGAGGCUAUCUUGUCCAGCAGCAGAGACAGAGGCAGCAGAGAAGCUGCUCCUAGCCAACAGACCCCUGAGCCAACUCAGCACACACCUCAUUCACAUGCUGUCUGCUGAGAACCAGGAAAUCUGGGAGGAGUCUGUUCACUGUCUGUCACUGCUGGUCCAGCUUUACUGUGGAGAGGGUCCUGACUGCCUGUCGCCUUCCUGUUUACGAAGCUUCUCGCAUGUGCUGCGCACUCGCAUGCACACUGAGACCCUCCGAACACAACGUACAGCACUUAAAAUUAUUAAACGACUAGUUCAGGCUACGGACAGGUCAGAUUGGAGUGAAUGUCCUGAGGGGGCGGAGCUAAUGAGUCUACUGCACGAUAUGACUACAUCCAACAGGUAUCACACUGAUGUCACUGGCCUGGCUGCUGAUAUCCUUCAAGAGAUCUCUGAAUCCUAAAAGCUUUCAGUCUUCAGCCAACUGAACACAGCUCAAGAUUUGAAACCUUUUAACUGAUUAAAGGAUAGAAGUUUGGUUUACUGUAUAAACAUUUCAACAGCUGUGAAAAGCUCGUAAAGACUUAGUGGCUUUGAGCAUGUGCUGUCAGAGCAUUGAGCCAUGCCUCCACAUGACUGUCAUCAUUUCAAAUUGGAUCAGUGGCAGUAAUAAAUAUUACUGCGUCACUAAAAUGUCUUGACGGGGCAAUCAAAACAUGCAUCCAAUGUUCAUCAGACUUCACAGGAUUACAGCAUGAGUGUUAAUUUAGACCGUCAUAGGCGUCGCAACACUGACCUCCGAGUGUGUCAACACACCUCGUGUCAUCAGCAGUGACAGAAUAUUAGAUCACGCAUGCCAUCAUGAGUCAUGGAUUUCUACUUUGUAAAUGUAGCCAUUAACUUCAUGUUGUUACAAACCCUUUUUUUGUUGGUAUUAUUGGUAUCACUAAAAAGGAAGUUGUUCUGUUUACUUGUAGCAGACUAAUGCUGUGAAAAAACAAUACCAAAGUGAUUCACUACAUGCACCGACUUGUGCAUAUAUGACCCACCUCUGCUUUUAUGCAAGUUAGGUCAUGUCAUUCUAAUUAAAUCAUUUUCCUGUUCCAGUGUAUACCUGAAUUCUGCCUACUGUUACAUUCCCAAUUGUUUUAACUGUUUAAACUGGAUAUCAUUACUUUGCAUAAUAAAAUAUACCAUUACUGAGGA